AUGGCGCGGCUCAACCAGAUGGGCGCUAGCAUUGAUGUAUCAGGGAGAAUGGCAGGCACGUGGUUAGGUUGCCAGUUUCGAGAGUCAGUUGAAAUGGCUGCUGACCAGGUGAGGCUGAAGCCUCACGUCGCGGUGACCAGUGCUCAGACGGCAAGACCGUCGACGACCCGCUACGCUGGUGCCGCCUACGGCGCGCGCAACACGCUGGACUCGGCAUUCCUGCAGUGCAGAACUCAACAACUGUGCACGACCUGCCUGAUAGAGGAGCUGGACCCGCACUGCUCUGUGGAGUGUGGAGCCGCCGAUGGCAAGCAGUAUCUGCGCAGGAAUGCAGGAGUGCCCUGGAAGAUCUGGCUGGGUGACGGUGUUUUUAUCGCUGUGGAUCUGUUUGUCCAAAAUGCUGUGAAUGUUCCGCGUUUGUUGAGUGCAGGGGAGAGUAUCGUUCGUGAGGUUAAAGCGUAUAGCGAGUUUUAUUUCCAAGUGUGUAGCUUUUACUGUCCCCGUAAAUAUUCGUCAAGGAAUGCUAUGGUUGGUAGCCUGGAGAUGGCAUUUGAUGCAACGAAUGAGUUUUUGAUCUUUUGUGCUGCGGCGUCGGUGUUUGAGCGUGUUAUUGAAGUUGUUCGAUGUGACGACGUGCGGGGGCACGUGUUCCGUCAUUUCCCGUCACGUCUGCUGUACAGUGCUCGUACAGAUUUUAAUAAUUUCGAUGACUAUUUUGCUUUUUAUUUUCAGAGCUUCUCACACGGCACCACCAUCACAUGAUGCAUCUGUCGCUCGUGCGCCAUACCCGCGACGUGUGGUGAGACGCCCCAUACGGUACGGUACUGCUGAGUAUGAUGUGUGGUUGUAUGAACAUUUGCAGGAACUAACUGCCACGGAAACGGCGCGGGAAGGUCGUGUGGAGCGGACGCGGCGGCGUCGGAGGAUGGAAGCGGCACGUGUUGCAGCUGCUGCUCCUGCGGGCUUGCCCGUAGAAGUGGUGGUGGCGCCACCUGCUGCUGCUGUCGCUGACGCCGACGUUCCAGUCAGGAGACGUCGGAGGCGGGGCAGUGGUUGGACAUGUCACAAGGCCGAACGCAACCACCAUGCAUCGCAAUGAGCGGCUCUUGGACCGGC